AUGGGUAGUGUGUACCAAGCACUGACCAUCACUUCAGUCUACAAUGGAAGGCCUGAGACCUACCUUCAGGAAACUGGAGCAGACUCAGAAAAAGGCAAACAUAAUGCAACUGAUGGCAGCUGGAGCUCUCAUAUAAGAAACAAAGGAACUAAAGCUAUUGGAAAGUCAAUUUCUCCAUUAGAAUUCCUAAAAAUGGAUGCAUCCUAUCCCAGAGAUAUCUUGGACCAUUCUGACCUCCAAAGACAGGAUGGUCAACUACAGAGGAGCCUGGCAGACCCACCUCUGCAAACAACAGUUCCUAAACAGGAGCAAAAGGAAGAAGGAAAUGAAAAGUCUUCACUUGUAGGAGGACUAAAAGAUGACACAUCUAGGGUUAUCAAAGAAACCCACAAAGAAGAUGAACCAGAGGAAAUGGAGGUAGGAAGUCCUGAAACAACUGUGGCUGCUAAGACAGAGGAUAUGUCUGAGGAAACAGGAGGCCAGGAGUGUGAGUCUUCUGGAAAAAAGACAGAGAACAAGAUGGAGUUUUUAGUGCACCAUGACAAAGGGGCUCAUUCAGCUUUCCCCCUGGGGCCUGGAAUGUCCAGACAGACUUUGCAAGAGCUGAAAAUGUUACUGAGAGAAAACCCAGUGGUUAUUAAUCAAGGCAGCGAUGCCAGGGAACAGAAAGACAAAUCUUCUCAUGGAAUCCAGUCCCAACCCUAUGAAAGAACAGUUGAAAAACAGUAUCAAAUCUUUGAGGCAUUUUUUCCUCACUAUACAGAAGACCAGAAAGAAAAACCAAUAGUGGGGAAGCCAAUCCUGGGAGCCAAUUCAUCUGGGUCUGAUCAGCAGCAUUCAGAAGGGAGUCACAAGGAUCAACCCACUGUGAUAAAAACAUCUCCCCACAAAACUUCGGGCAAUGUGACCGGCAUUAAAGUUGACUCCAACUACAGCCAUGCUGCAGUAAAACGUUCUCCCAUGAAGCACAAGAUAUUGCAACUGGCAGCCAAUUUAAAUAAGAUUGCUUCAGAAUAUCCCUUACUCCCUCUGCCUCAACUCCCUUCCUUCCACAUCGCCUAUGCACAUGGAUCUGUACCCUUUGAGCACCCCGCUCUUAGCCACAGCUCUAAUGUUCACAUCCAAAAUAAAAAGAGAGAUCCUGAUGUACACCUCCCUAGAAUUCACAUCCCCCUCCACUUGCGAUCUAGGGUUGAACACAUCGAACAAGAGAUGGCUAGAGACGAUAUACUUUUUGUCCGAUUUGAAGCAACUGAUCUGCAUGGGGUCUCCAGGUCUAAGAGCAUUCCUGCCCGCCUUUUUCAUGAAAAAGCAAUUCAUGGUGUUUCCAUGCCCAGAGGUUAUCUUGAACUGACCCUGAAUCCUAAGGACAACAAAGUGGAUCAUAUAAGUGCCAUCAAUUUUAACAGUGACAUCAUCCUGAUCCCAGAGCUAUCAACGUUUCAAGCCCUACCUUGGACUGAAAGAACAGCAAGAGUGAUAUGUGAUUCCUUCACCGUAAUGGGAAGCCCUCUAUUGACCUCUCCCAGGCAUCUUGCCAAAUGGCAGCUGAACCAACUGCAGGAAUGUGGCUUCUCCUUGCACUCUGGCUUCACGUAUGAAUUUUGUGUUUAUGGUAUGGCUGAAAUUAUAAAUUCAAAGACAAUUUCUUUCCCUGCAGCAACUUUACUAAGUAGUCAUGACCAAAUUUUCAUUCAGGAACUUGUGGAUGGAUUGUAUCACAUGAGUGCUAAUGUUGAGAGCUUCUCUUCCUCCACUGGGCCUGGACAGAUGGAAAUCUCUUUUCAGCCAGAAUUCGGCAUCGGUUCUGCAGACAGCGCCUUUACCUUCAAGGCUGGCAUCAGAGAGGUGGCCAAGAAGCACAAUUAUAUUGCCAGUUUCUUUACUGAAACUGGAUUCUACAAUUUGGGAAUUCUUUCCCACAGCCUGUGGGAUGCUGGUGGGAGGAAGAACUUGUUCUCCAGCGAUCCCAGAGUCCAGCAGCUCACCGACAUUGGGAAGAGGUGGUUAUCGGGGCUCUUGCUGCAUUCGGCGGCUCUCAGCUGCCUCAUGAUGCCCACCGUCAGUUGCCGUAAGCGCUACGCAGGGGAUGAAAAAGAGCCGAAGGAGUGUGUGAAUACCACCUGGGGGUACAACGAUAACAGCUGCAUCUACAACAUCAAGUGCUAUGGCCAGAGAGGCCACCAGAUAGAAGUCAGGCUGGGCUCAGCUAUGGCAAACCCUUACCUGGUGCUGGCUGCCACCAUUGCUGCGGGCUUGGAUGGAAUCCAGAGAGAGGUCAGUAUCCUUGAGGGACCAGAUGACUGCCCAGACCUUUAUCAGCUGAAACCUUCAAACAUCCCCUUGAAACUGGAAGAUGCCCUUGUGGCCCUCGAGGAAGAUAAGUGUAUCCGUGAAGCUCUUGGGGACACCUUUAUCCAAUAUUUUGUGGCCAUGAAGCAAUAUGAGCUGGAACAUGAUGAAGCAGGUGCUGAAAGGAAUAAAUUCUUAGAGUAUUUUAUUUAG